GGUAAAAAGGGGAGGUGUGCGCGCACAGUCGUAGGAACUGAAAAGGGGCAGUACACACCCGCGCCGCCUCACACAGCCAGACGCACCGGAGCACAGGUGCUUCUGGACAGAAAACGCACACAGAGAACGAUUAGAUAAAACACAGUGACUUGCAAUCAAAUGAUGAGCCAUUUUAUCCACAAACACACACAUCAGAUCUUUUCUGCAGGAAGCAAAACCCAAAUUGGUGGAACUGUUGACAUCUUAGCUGCAGCAUGCUGAUACAUUUCAGUAUUAACCGAGACAUCCGCCGCAUGGACUAGGAACCUUCAUUCUCACAUGUGGCUUUCUACAAAAGCAGAAGAAUGAAAUCGAUCAUUUUACUUUCAGAGACUGUAUCUGGCUUUAAUGCCUGAGAAAUAACAUGGGACACCAGAUGAAAGCAACUCUUAAUUAAAUGCUUUUGAACACUGAAUACAAACCAGCCUCUGCAGUGACCUUUCCAGUAUGAAAUGCUAUUCCUCACACGCACCUAAAAGCAGGAAGCCUUCAUAUGCACGGCUUCCCUUCGAGUCACUCUAGAGUUAUGAACUCCAUGAUAAAGGGCAGAUCCCUUUUCGCUAAAAGAAAAGUUAUCUGUGAAUUGAAGAUUGAGACGCAGACAAAAAACUUGUUUUUGUGACUAAAAUAGAAGAGGAGGAAAAGCAACAUCUGGGAAAGAAAAAAAAAGGAGUGUUAGAGAGAUGCAAGUAGAGAAGCUUGGACUGUUUCUCAGCCCUUCAUGCCAGAUAUUUAACAGAACACAACAAACUUGUGCAAUUUUCGUGGCGUUUGUCCAUGGGAGCUCAUCCAAGGCUCAUCGGAGCUGACCCUCCUGGGAGGUCCUGUUAGACAGAGGAUAAUACUUCAUGAAGACCAAAGUAGGAACAUACUUCUUCCGUCAAAUUUCGGCUGACUGCCGGACAACAUUUGGAAGAAUUAUUGCUGAAAGGGGAACCGUGACCGGAAACAGAAACUGGGAAAACUGAGCUACUAACUUUCCCUCGUCCAUUGCGUGUGUGUUUUCUUUCGGCUAAUUCACUGUUUGCCAGUAAGGAAUAAAACUUCCAUCUUUCACCAGCUGCUUCAUCCUAUUGGGACAGAAGACUGAGCAGAGUUGGAACAAAGCACUAAUAUUCCACCCCCCCCUGUCGAGUGCUUGUCUUAUUGGGGGCUGCGAUGGAGAUGGAGAAGGGACAUGUGUCUAUCAGGCGAGGGGUGAGCUGGAGUCCGAGAGGAUUGAGAAAACCUCUCCAGCUAACGCAAGACACGCACACCCGUGGGACAGACUACAAUGCAUCACAGGAGAAGACACGAUUCAACAAGGAACACAUGAGCCGGAAAACAAAUCUGAGCAGGAGUGCCAGUUUGUCAGAGAAGGAGCUAAAGGAGGCUCGCAUCAAGAGUCAGAUCAUUGCUGCUCAGCUCACCAUCCCUUCCAACUCCAAGUCCAGGGGUGUGCAGCUCUUUAAUCGCCGUAAGCAGAGAGUCAGCUCCUUCACAUUUGAGAGCUGUGGACAAGGGUCAGAGGAGGACAAAGCUGAGAAUGUGAAAACGGACCCCUCGUCCAACAGACUGACAUGGGCAGAGAGGAGCAGUGAGGAAAAGGACAGAGACCUGAACUUAAAGAAUAGUGCUGUCAAGCCAGUCUUCUCACCACCUGCAAGGGUACAUUCAGUGGGAGAUAUCAUGGAUGAGCCAGCCAAGGAGUUCCACAUUAAAGAGGGAAUGAAUGAAAGUGUUAUACAAGAGAGACAUUUCCUCCCUGUCAAGGAGGAGCAAGAGGAAGAGGAAGGAGCACAAGAUCAAAUUCAUGAGGAUCUAGAGGAUAAGGCCAAGCAUGAGAUUCCACCAGGAAGUAAAAACACUGAUCCAAUAGUGUUGGGACAUGCUGAAGGAGAAGCAAAGAUAAAUGGGAGACAAACAGGACAAGAUCUCCCUGGAAAGCUUCCUAAUGGCUGUCACAGUGCCUCUGGUCCUGAGAAGGUGUCUGUACCCACAUCUAAGCAGACUAGCUCCUUCAUCAAUAGAACUGCCAGGCCCUUCUUCUCACCACCCACAGUGCAGUCUCCUGAGACGGUCGGGCCAGUCAUGGACAUCCCCCCUCCUCCUUCCUACUCUACACCUCCUCUCCCUGCUUUUACUGUCCCCCAACCUGUGGUGGCCUCACCUCUGCCUCCACCUCCAUCAUAUCCCACACCGCCUCUACCAGCGUUUACAAACCAACCUCCACAGACCUACUACUCCAGUCCACCUCCAGUGUCUCCUGUGAUGUCACCUUCUUCUCCUCCACCAUCCCAUUUCUCUGUUUCUCAGUAUCCACCCAUGCCCCAUUAUGGCCCUCCCACAGCGCCCAAACCCUCCACUUUUGUUCCCCAGCCAUCCGGGGAGAGGAAGCUGAUAACACCGAUCAAAACAGGAAUACUUGAGGAGGGCGCUGCCAGGAGGGCAAGUAAGAAGUCAAUGUUCACAUUCAAAGAGAAACCAGUGGUUGCUCCAAACCCUGAGCUGCUUUGUCUGGUGCAAGGUGUGGAUGACAGAAAGAAACAUGGACACAAAUCUGUGCCUGAGCCAGGAUCUGAGGAGGAGUUACUGGCUCUGGGUGCAGAAGCCUCCAACUUUCUUGCCAAGGAAGAGGACACAGCAGAGGGAGCAAGUGCUCCAGAAUGGGCCUCCUGUCUCAAGAGCUCAAGGACCCGACCGCGGGCAGAGCACCAGCCGGAGCAGACACUUACCAACGUGUCUGGAAAAGGUGCUGAACUGUUUGCUAAGCGUCAGUCCAGGAUGGAAAAAUAUGUAGUUGAGAAUCAGAAUUCGGGCCAAAUUAGAUCUCCUUCUCCUACAAUGUCUCUGCCACCGUCCUGGGUUUACCCAUCAAACAUGCCUGGUAGGGUCAAAGCUAUUGCUAAAAACUCUGACAUGUGUGCUCAGCUUUCACAAAAUCUCAAGGCCCAACAAGCAGUCAAGCAGAAACCAAUGAAAAAACCUCCAGCACCAGAGCCAGUUCCAGAGCCUCCGCCUUUGGAAAAUGGCUGCUCCAAGAUAGAGAUGGAUCUGUCAAGGCACCGGCCAUACCAGAUUAACUCUUCCCUCUUCAUCCUCAAGCCAGUCAAAGACCCCAUCAGUACCCUACCUAAAGGAGCACCACAGGCCAGGAACCUGAUCUCCUCUUCAACUUUCUCCAGACAGACUUCCCUCCCUAACAAUCCCCCCUCUCACUUUACUCCCCAAUGCAUGUCUCCUCAGCUGCCUCUCAGCCCCACAGGAGGACCAGAUUAUCCAUCAAAUCCAGCAUCUGGGCAUCAUCCAAGGAUCAGUUCUCCAAUGGCUGCCUUUUCUCCAGACCGGGUGUCCUCUCCCCGGUCAUCAGUACAGGCACCAAGGCCCACAUUUUCUGCCAAAAAGGCAGGGAUUGCACCACAGACAACAAAGGAGUCCUCUCCUGCUGAAGUUCCCAGUGAGACACCUACACCAACCAGGACACCUAACCUCACGCAUGGCCCAGGCAGCCCAGCUACUGGAACCUGGACUUCCAGCCUCCAAACAAGCCCCUCUCCCUUCAGCAGCUCUAUCCGUUCAGUCACAUCCCCUGUAUCUUUUCCUAAUAAUUCAAGAUGCCAAUCCCCUAUGACCAGUCAGAAUAUCCAGUUUUCUACUGUUACUUCCACUUCCACAUCCAGACCCUCACAAACAUCUACAGCCACCUCUCCAUGCUCUCCUCCUUGGGGUUCAAGAUGCCAGUCCCCAAUGGUCAGCCAGUCCCAAACUUCUACAUCUCCUUCUCCUCUUUCUCCUCCUUGGGGUGCAAGGUGCCAAUCCCCAAUGGGGAGCCAGAACAACAAGUCCUCCACUUGUGUCACCUUUUCUUCAUCUAAACCUCCCCAGAAAUCUCCAGUUACUUCUCCACACACACCUCCCUGGGGAUCUAGCUUCCAGUCUCCAGCGGUAAGCCAGAAUACCCAGUUUUCCACUAGUUCUUCAUUUCCUACAUCCAGACCUUCCAAAACUUAUAUAACCACACCUCCUCCUUGGGGGUCAAGAUGCCAAUCGCCAUUAGUAAGCCAGAACACCCAGUUCUCUAAUGUGUCCAUUUCCACAUCCAGACCAUCCCAAACAUCUACAGCCACAUCUCCUGUCUCUCCUCCAUGGGGCUCACGUUCUCAGUCUCCUUCACACUUUCAAACCAGUUUCUCUCUCUCUACCACUAAACCUCUAUACACAUCCUCUGUCACCUCCCCUGUUUCCCCACUCAAAGACAAUCGCUGCAUGUCCCCCACUGUUAAUAACUUAGACUCUAAAGCCAACCAUCGCCUUCUGGCCAAAAAUAUCAUCAAUGCAGCCAAACGUAAAAACAGCCCCUCCCCUGGUGCACUAAGUGGUCACAGUCUUCCCAUCUCACCUCUGGGAAAUUCCCAACAUGGCUAUAAUAGUCAAAAAUCACCCGUCAACCUCUUCCAGUCACGGUCACUGGGGGCGCAGUCCCCUACUUUCGCCAGCCCUCCCCCGACUCCAACUCAGAGAAUCUGCUCACCUGUGCGGCUCUACAACACUCGCUCCCUGACCGACUCGGAUGCCUCUAUUGAAUCUGAAGACUCAGGCCUCCGCUCGCCUGGCCUGCACUCCUACAACACCUGUCCCCGUGGCUGGGGUGGCAGCCUGAGGGUGAAGAGAAGCACCAUCUCCAGUGACCUGUGAAGGUGUAAUUGGAUGUUAAUUAAAGCAUAAUUUCAUAUUUCAUAGAGUUUUGUGGAAUUGGAUCACCAAGUAACAGUUUCUUGUGACGUUUCAUCAGACUAAUAUUAGAUAAAUACUACAUAAGUAACUUUGAUUGUAGAUCCUGUAAUGAUAUAUGUUGCAUCAAGGUAGUUUAUAGUAUUUCAUAUGGCUCACAUUCAAAGUAUGGCUUGACAAGAAAAAGCUUUUUACACAGCACAUUUACUGUGGCUCGUAUGCUUCUCACAUGCCAAAAAAGUACAAAGACUUGAAAUAACCAAAGAUAUUUCAAAUCACUUUAAAUUCAUAUUAUACUUUUUUCACUUUCACAACAUACACACAGAAUCUUCACGGUCAAAAACUGCAGUUAAAGUGUUCAAAGUAUCAGCUUUCAACUUUAUUAAUGAACUAUCAUUAUAAUGCAGUUCAAAAAUGGCUCUGAGACCUAAAAAUGUCGAGGGAUAAGGAACUGAGUAACAUGUCAGUAUAGCCCUCAAUGGACUGUACAGUGCUUUGGUUGAGGUAUUCUCAUUGUAUUGAAAACUCACUUAGACAGGACUGAGAAAAAUGGGCUUCCUUCCCUUUUCCACAGCAAAAACACAGUCGUAGGUAGGACGCAUGUUUUUUAUUGGCUGUAAUCAUUGCAGAGUAAGUCAAACGCAUAAAUAUCAUAGUGCAAUAAAAGGUUUAGCACAGUGUAUAGAUGUUGCUCUAAGUACUGAAUUUGCUGAAAUGAAUGUAAGCUGUAUAGACAGACUGACAAAGAAUGACAGAAAAAAAGGGAAUGUUAAAUACAAGGAGUUAUGUGGAGGUGAGAUAGGGCAUUGAUACAACUGUUCAAUCAAACACUGUUUCCAAGUUCCAAGGAAGAUGUCAAAAAACUGUUUCUUUGUUUUUUUUUUUUUUUUUGUUGCUGUUGUCACAAGGAAUGGAUUAAAAAUAUAUUUUACUGCUUGUUAGAACGAGGUUCAGAAGUAAAAGUGUAUGUCACACAAGUUCAGAGAGUCAAGAUAUUAAGUUUUUGUGUGGAAAAAAGGUUUGAAGAAUGUUGUAUGUAAUGAAGUGACUGUGGGAAGAUGCUUGGAGGACGUGUAUGUAUUUCAAAUGCAUAUAAAAAUCAAAUGUACACUCUCAUUCACUUUUAUUGUUUCUCCUUGUACUCGAUUUGCAACUCUUUUCAUUCCAACAUCAGCGGCUAAGUUGGGCGUUAUUUAAAACUUGAUUGCUCUAAGAGGUUUCAUCACAAUUAACUCGCAGACAUAUGUAUACUGUAAAAAAAUAAGCUUACUGCUGGAAAAUGCAAUAUGCUGACAUGAUGGUGAUGGUGGUACUUAGCUGCAAACAUAAGUGCUGCCAGAACUAGCUUUAUGUUUCAAGUGUGGAACCAUUUUACCCCACCUUCUCCCGUCGUGCGCUAGCACAACAGAUCAUUCCUUCAUUCCCUGAUGUGUCAGCCAAGAGCAUCAGCACAUUUCUAAAUAUUUACCCUGUGUGCCUUUUGAGUGACAGGGACUCCUGCUACACGGUGACCCAGCUCCUUCAGCAGGAUCAGGCCUAUCACUGUCAUGGCUUGAGUUCAACCUGGGUCGCCUCCAGAUGGACUGCAGAAGUUCUGCAGAAGACAUUUAACAGGAAUCAUUCUAGUUUUGAAUUUAAAAAAGCAGGGUUAAUGUAUUACUUUUUUCUUUAUUUGGUUUCAUGAUUGCAUGCCUGCAUUUUAUAACCCAUGUUGCAUUCCAUAACUGUAUGAUCUUUGAAUGAUUUUAAGCAGAAUAAUAAAAUAUAUGA